GAGAGAGAGAGAGAGAGAGAGGAGGAGUGCAAUCUCCGACACUCCGCGUGUCGCCGCAACUAUACCGCGUCCGCGAAGAAACCGAUGGCACACGGCGAGCCGGGGCCCGUCCUCGCGGUUGCUUGGCCAGCGUGCGGCCCUCGCGCGCGGAUAGUCGGGAUGCGGAGGGGCUGCUCGUGACUGUCCGCGCGAGGACUGUGCCAGUCGACGCCCCGCGAACGGACCCACGGAGCAUUGGAGUGCCGGUGGACGGCAUCGACGUCGCCGCUUUCGUCUUCACCUGCUACGUACUUGCAGGCACCGUCGUGCACGUCGUCGUUAUUUUGCGGCGUCGCGACGAGAGGGAAAAAGAGUAGUAUCGACGUUUUCUCGUGCCGGCGCCGCGGUGCCACCCCUUGCGCACGGAGGAACCGCAGCGGCCGGCCCGUACGGGCCGCACGAGUCAGUGAAAGUGAGUGAUGCGAACGCGUCCGCCGACGUGGAGGAGGGGGAGGAGCGAGUGCGACGACGGGACGAGCAAGUGUCACCGCUACUUCUUCGGGGUUGUUUUUGUCUCUUUGUGAUAUCUCGACGCGCGUCCUCGGGGAUUGCUGCGACAUUACGGAAUUAUUCAGUCUGAUGAACGACGACGCAGUGAUCAAAAACGAGAAGGUAAAUUCGACGAAGCCAUGUCACGUCGUUGGGAGCUGGCGCGAUUUCCGACGACAGCAACGACGGCUACGCGGACAACGGCUACGGGAAGCGCGCCAACGACCGCGAUAACGACAAACGAAGCGAGCGCAACGACGUUAACGACCACGACGAGUACUAGACUCGGCGUGCUGCGACUUCGGGGUGACUAGAGUGAAUCGCCAACGGUGCGACCAUUAAGACAACGACAACAACGACUGACGCGUCGAUUGAGGGGGCGAGUGAUAGUACGCGAUAAAUCGUGUCACAUUGCAACGCGUCGUUGGGGUGGCGUGGAAAAGACGAAGAAGAAGGGGAAGAAAGAAGAAGGGAAGAAAAAGUGGAGCAAGACGAUAGGACGAAGGACAAGGCGAGUACCUCUUAGCCGGUGAACCGACUAAGGAAUAGACUAAUCGCGAGUGUCCAAAGUGUUAUUAGUAGACUUAUCGCUAAAGAGCGACAGUGGUGCAUCGGACCACCGAAGAGUGAAAAACGUAUCUUCGAGAUUAACGCCGUUACGCGGCCGCGGAUGUUACACCGGGCCGGCAUAGGGCGCCCGGUGGUUCAGCAGGGCAUCAGCCUGGCAGACGUCAGUCUACACCGUCACCACGGCGUUCAACAUGUUCGAGAUGUGGAGCGCGGUGAGUUCCAAGCUGGAACACUCCGCGACCUCCUCGGGCUCGCCGUUGCCGUUGACCUCGCACGCGCCCCAGACGCCCCAUACGUCAUCAGGGAGCAUAAAAGCCCAGAUCGAGAUAAUCCCAUGCAAGGUAUGCGGGGACAAAAGCAGCGGCGUACAUUACGGCGUGAUCACCUGCGAGGGCUGCAAGGGCUUCUUCAGGCGGUCGCAGUCGUCGGUCGUCAACUAUCAAUGUCCGCGGAACAAGAAUUGUGUGGUCGACCGUGUAAACAGAAACCGGUGCCAGUACUGUCGGUUGCAAAAGUGCCUACGCCUCGGCAUGUCAAGAGAUGCCGUUAAAUUUGGGCGCAUGUCGAAAAAACAACGGGAGAAGGUCGAAGAUGAGGUCAGAUUCCAUAGGGCGCAAAUGAGGGCAGCCUCAGAGACGGCGCCAGACAGCAGUGUAUUCGAGCAUCAAACGCCGAGCAGUUCGGAUCAACAUCAUCCUUAUAAUGGCGGAUACACGUACGGUGGUAGCGAAUACACAUCGUCAGGUCCCGGCAGUUACACGAAUUACAAUCACCAGGCGAUGACGAAUUAUGAGCUUAGCGCCGACUACGUCGACAGCACGACGACCUACGACCCCAGACCGACGCAGACGCAGGUCGCAGAUACCGUCGCGCCCGACACACCCUCGGCCGUCACUGCAACCGGAGUACUUCCCAGUGUGGUCACUACUGGGAAGUCUCUGUCCGCAUCGACGACCGGGAACGGCACAGGGGGUGGCGGAGGAGGAGGCGGUGGCGGCGGUAGUGGUGGUGGUGGUAAUGGUGGUGGCGGUACUGGUAGCGGUAAUGGUAAUAGUAGCGGUGGUAGCGGUUCUACCGCGGCCGCCGGCGGGACUGCCGGGGGCGGAGGCGGUGGCGGUGGCAGCGGCUCCCUGAGCGGCGGCGGAAUCGUCGCCGUGAAACAGGAGACCACCGUCGAGCUCGCCGGCCUGGGCCAUGGCUCGUACACGAUGGUUGACUCGACGACCUUCCUUAGCGGACAACAGCAGAGGGUCAGCAAUCCAUCUGAAGAUGACGAAGUGCCGAGUCUGCCCAGUAUGUCCCAUGCGAUGAGAUAUCCGGCACAAAUCAGCGAGCUUCUCUCGAAAACGAUAGCGGACGCGCACGCAAGGACAUGCCUGGUAUCGACGGACCAAAUCCAGGAAUCCUUCCGGAAGCCCACCGACAUCACCAGAAUGAUCUACUAUAAGAACAUGGCACAUGAACAACUCUGGUUGGAAUGCGCCCAAAAGUUGACCACCGUAAUCCAGCAGAUCAUCGAAUUUGCCAAAAUGGUCCCUGGAUUCAUGAAGCUCUCGCAGGACGACCAGAUUGUUUUAUUAAAGGCCGGUUCCUUCGAGUUGGCUGUGCUACGAAUGAGCAGGUACCUCGAUCUCCAGCAAAACUGCGUCCUAUACGGCGACACCUUGCUACCGCAGGAGGCAUUUUAUACGACGGAUACGGCGGAAAUGAAGCUUGUUUCCUGCGUAUUCGAGCUGGCCAGAAGCAUCGCCGAACUGAAGCUCACUGAAACCGAGUUGGCGCUCUAUAGCGCGGCUGUUCUACUUAGCCCUGAUCGACCGGGACUGAAGUGCCUGGGAGACAUCAAUAGGCUGUCGCAGGCGGUGAUCAGAGCGUUGAGGUCAGAACUAGAUCGGAACCAUGUGACGCCGAUUAAGGGCGAUGUGACCGUAUGUGACGCAAUUCUUGCGAAGAUACCGCAGCUACGGGAGAUCUCGCUGCUGCACAUGGACGCGCUAGCGAAGUUCAAGCGGUCGCAACCGCACCUCGAGUUCCCGGCCCUUCACAAGGAGCUCUUCAGCGUCGAUAGCUGAACGAGCGACACGGCGCGGAACGUCGUCCCGGCGCUGCCGAGCAGACAGGAGCGCGAAUAGCGUCUCGAACCUUGCUCGGUCAAGAUUAUUUCCUUCAUAAUGAACGUAUUGGGCCUUAAAUAAACAUAAAAAAACAUUGUUAUAUAUAAAGUAUACAUAAAAAGCAACAUAAAGUAUAUA